AAAGUAUUUGAUUAGGAUAGCUCCCAUCUUCAAAACUCCAGAACUCUUAUCAUCCAUCGUCAAUAAAGUAAAGAAAGCGGAGGAACCUUUUGGCAAUCAAGACAAUGGGGCAAUCAUCAUCAACGGAGCAACAAGUAUCACCAGAGCUGCGCCAAGUACAAUCACUGGCUGCAUCAACUGGAGCCCUCCCUUCUCUAGAGAAAGCGUUUUCUCUUCUAUCUGAUCCCCAAACUAAAUCAAUUCCUAUUCAUUCUCUACAGAAAUGUUUUGAUUUGGGUUUUGAGAGCUUGGAGUCUGAACGAGGCCCUGUCUUUAAGGAGUUUCCGCUGUUGUUUGAUCAUCUGGGUUCUAUAAUAGUUGACUUGUUUUUUGUGGCUGAUAAAGAUGGAGUGAAUUGGAUUGAGUUCUUGCGAGGGUACACAAAGUGUUGCGCGAGGACAGUUGCUUCAGCUUUGCUCAAUAAUUUAUUCAGAGUCUUUUCUGUGACAUGUUCAAAAGCUGGACUUCCAGUUGAUGUGAAAUUUGAGCUGUACGAUGAUGAUUGUAAGAUUAGUGGGUCGUAUUCUCCACGUGAUAUUUUUAUGCUUCUUUGGAUUUGUUGGAUAUUUUCAUGGGAUUCUAGGAUAUUGAGAUCCAAUACACUGAAGAAAAAAGGGGAAUGCAGGCUUCCGGAUGUCUCUCAUUUGGUAUUAUCAGCUAUUGAAUCAUCUGCUGAAGAUAGUCUUAAAUUGGACUAUUGGGAUUCUGUUGUUACAGACUUAGAUUUUCAAUUGCCUGCUGCUAAAAUUCAUUUAUGGGCCUUGAAAACUGUACCACACCUUGCUGAUUGCUUUCAACAAUUUGUCCAUGCAAGACUCUGCUGCCUCACAACACAUGAGUUGCAGGACAAAUCUGAACCAUCAUGCUCUUCUUCUCAUGAAAGCUCCUCAUCAGCAAUUUCUGAAACUACCCUUUUGACUCGUGGAACGGCAUGGGCCAUCUCACUCACCUUGAGAGGUCCUAUAUAUGAAGAGAUAUCAAAAGCUUGUUUUGCAAGUGAAGUUGGUGAAAUAAAUGAAAACCUACUUUAUCGGUCAUCUGUUCAUGGGAAAGGUCUCAACCGAUUUUGGUCAAACAUCGAAGGCUACAACGGUCCAUUGCUUCUACUUAUUGCUGCAUGUGAGGAAGAAAACAAGACAAGGAGAUGGAUCAUUGGUGCACUCACUCAUCAGGGUUUUGAAAAUAAGGAAUUAUUUUAUGGAACUUCUGGCAAUCUGUAUGCUUUAAGUCCAGUCUUUCAUGCAUUAUUAUCUUCCGGAAGAGAGAAAAACUUUGUCUAUAGCCAUUUGCAUCCAACUGGUAGGGUGUAUGAGGCUCAUCCAAAACCAGUGGGUGUUGCAUUUGGUGGAUCCAUUGGAAAUGAAAGAAUAUAUAUGGAUGAGGAUUUCGGUAGAGUUACUAUACGCCACCAUGCUGUUGAUAAAACAUAUCAACAUGGCGCCCUUUUCCCCAACCAGGGGUUCUUGCCAGUUGAAGCCUCAGUAUUAGAAGUAGAAGCAUGGGGAUUAGGAGGGAGAACUGCUCGAGAAAUUCAAGCUUCUUAUAAGAAGCGAGAAGAACUUUUUACGGAGCAAAGACGAAAGGUUGACCUGAAAACUUUUGCCAAUUGGGAAGAUUCGCCCGAGAAGAUGAUGAUGGAUAUGAUGUCUAACCCAAAUGCAGUUAGGCGGGAAGAUCGAUAAUUAAGUUUCCUGAAUCACAUCUGGUUAUGAAAUAGACAAUAAUAUACGGCCUUGUAAAUACGUGUAUCACCAAGACUCUUUGUUGUGGAUGCCAUAUGCUUUAACUUCUGAAACCCAACAUCACUUUCCAGUUGUUUGGGAACUCAUCAGUUGGGGCCAAUCUGUCAUGGUUUGCAAUUUCUUUCAUUUGAUUGUAUGUAAUAGUAAGGUCCCUGAGCAGACUGAUAUGUAUGAAUAAAGAAUGUGUUUGUCCUCUCUUGAGACGCAAAA